AGAAUCUGCAUUCUUUCAACAUUCUGUGCCGACGUCGCAAACCAAACCGCUCAUUCUCUCCUGUUCGCCGAUGCAAGUGGGACUUGUAUCUACUAAAACAACCUAAAGAUUUUGGGCUCCUGGACUAUUGCUAUUGACAGUGGGGUUGGAGAACCCAAUCUGAGAUUCAUAUUCCGCCGGAAUGAGUCCUGUGGAUACAACGCCAUUCCCGAUAUGGCCACGGGACUUUGUGAGCGACCUCAAGUCCGCUCCUGAGACAUUAUCCAGUUGGGACAAUUGCAUGGCCAAAUCUUACUGCAAAUGGCCUGUCAUCGUUGCGAUCAUUGUCGGUGGGGUCAUUGUUAUCUCUAUUCUGGCAUGCAUAAUAAACUGCUUGUGCUGUGGCAUACAAUGCUGCAAGUGUUGCGGGUGUUGUUCAUGCUGUUGUCCAUCUCCUCGUCGAAAGAAGGAACCAAAAUACUUGGAUGAGCCAUAUAACCAACCCCCUCCACAAAUGCCUCCGCCUCCGGUAAACAAUCCUUAUCAACCUCCUCCACCCCCGGUUCUCCCUACAUAUCGUGGAGCGCAGGUCGCACGGUUUGACAAUCCUCCGAGCCCUGCUAACUCGAAAGGCAAUGAGGAUGCGUUGCCGGCGAUGCCCACUUGGGAUAGUGCUAUAACCAAAAGGGUCGAAGACCCUUCCCACCACCAGGAUGCAAUGGAGAUGGAACCUUUGAACCUUUCCAACCAAAAACCUCGGCGAACGCCAUCUGUACCACAAUUAAAUGGAGGUGGUGGUGCCUACAUGGGGCCUCCUCCACUUGUCAGGACCGGCACGGCUUUCACUUCUUCUAGCUAUUACCCCGAUGACCAGAGCGCCUACCGUACUCGUUCCCCCGGUGUGGCGUCUCCUGGCCCCGUCUCACCAUAUGAACAAUCCUAUGGUGAUUAUUCUCAUGCAUAUGCGUCUCAACCCCACUAUAUGCCCAUUGGCACAGCCCUCUCGCCGUCAGCUGAUGCUUCUCCUGCACCGUAUCGUCAACCAUCCCCAGCCAUCAGCCAUGCGCCUGGGAUGGCAUUAUCCACGGAUGGCGCUCGUCCUAUACCAUAUCGGCAACCAUCUCCUGGCAUCCAUCAAUCGCCUAUCAAUAGGACGAUGUCUCCUGCGAACUCCGCACCGUCUUACAGAGCCCUGACCCCUGGAAACUCGACCCCAGUCUACCAAGCAAUGACUUCCCCCAGUCAAGAGCCUGUUUACCGGGCGAUGUCUCCCCCUAACCAAGAAGCCGCUUACCGCGCGAUGCCGCCUCCUAACCUUCAGUCCGCCUACAAGGCAAUGCCUCCUCCCAAUUCUGAACCUGCUUACAGGGCAAUGCCUCCUCCGUUAAACACCGAACCGGUUUUUAGGGACACGUCUCCCUCCAUUCCUUCGUCGCCACCUCCGCCAUUCACAUCCAGUCCCGCUCCUCAUGAAAUGAUACAUGACUCGGGCAGGCCCCCGAGCCUCCUACAAAGCGGACGGAAGGCUGUUCCCAAUUCUUCCAAGGAUGUUUAGUCAUCCCUUAUUGAUAUAUUCGAGAUUCUGUGAUCAAUUGAACACGACACCCAGUGACUUCAGUGUAUCAAUGUCAAUUUCCCAAGCCGGUUUGUUCUGUAA